ACCUCUCAAAAAAUCAAUUGUACUUUCAAAAAAUGUUUCAAGAAUUAUGUAUAGUAUUGUAGUCAAGAACAUGGUAGUCAAGAGCAAGAUAUUUUAGAGUCAAGACAAAGACAACACCUAGGCUUAGAAGUAAUACAUCAAGGCCAAGGCUGAGCCCAUAGUUACUGCAAAUAUACAAGGGCAGAAAAUACACCACAGUACAGUAUUAGGAACAAAAAUAGCUAUAUUAAGUAAUAGUUUUCACCUUGCUGUCAGUUGUUUAUCCAUACUUAUUGCCAAUAUGAUGAAAAAAAUACUGGAUGACAGUCGAUAGCAAAAAAAUAAAACAAAGGGCGGGGGAUCUUUGGACAUUACAAUGUCCCCGGCAUCAAGACCAAUAUUACCGCCUGGUCUGGUCUGUUAAAUGUCCAUUCUCUUCUCAUGAUGCUGAAACAAUUAUUUAAAGGGAUUAUUGCGGAGCGUGCUUGUGGGUAUGUCAUUCUCACAGUCAUAGCAACAACUGUGAGACAGAAGUAGCUCUAUAAUGUCAAUUCUGGCCUUAGAUUUUUGAAGAGAGCAGUUAAAUAGUGGGUAACAUAACAACAACAAAAAUACUAUAUGAUUAUCCACGAACUAUGUGCUUCAAUCAAUCUUCAGGUAUAGCCAUAUCUAUGUUAGUAUUCUACAUACACUUACACCCCCAAACUAUUUCCUUAUGAGUAGCCCAGUCAGCACCUCCCACGUGUUGCUUGUUUUCUCACGCUACAGGUUGCAUACCUGUAUGGCAACGCUCUGUGGAAUCUGCCUGCCUGCCUUCCUGCACUCAGUCUGCGUUCGUUCCUAUGGAGUCCACUGGUGUAACAUCCGAGCGCAAAGAACCGCUGUCCUUAAACUCCGCCCAUCUAUGUUUGAAGACAUUCAGUUGAAAAGUCGUCCUACAGCACUGAAACUAGAAAGAACACCGAAGAGAAGCUGAAUCCGAUUUAUUCCCUUCGUCUUUCCGAUUAUUUGGUUUUCUGGUUCAUCAGGUGUCAAAUAUGCUUGACCCUUCCUCAAGUGAAUCAGAGGACGAACUGCCACCAGAGGACGAGCCCCCCAUCAAAGUAAAACCCGUCAAAAAUAUUUCAAAUCCGGAGAAGGUCACCAGUGACCAGCGUAAGCCACCUGAUAGCCCAGGUCCGGCUUCUGUAGACGACGACAAAAGUGAGCAAGAGCGAAUACAGAAAGAGGAAGCGGAGAGAAAAAUAAAACUACAGAUCUAUGUAUUUGUGCUGCGAUGUAUAUCGUACCCUUUCAACGCAAAACAACCAACGGAUAUGGCACGUCGUCAGCAAAAGCUGAACAAGCAGCAGCUGCAAGCCGUAAAGGAGCGCUUCCACGCCUUCCUACGUGGGGAGACGCAGAUUGUAGCUGACGAGGCAUUUUGCAACGCCAUCCGCAGCUACUAUGAGGGCUUCCUGAAGAGUGAACGUGUGGCCCGGAUGGUUCAGGGGGGAGGUUGCUCUGCUAACGACUUCCGCGAGGUCUUCAAGAAGAACAUCGAGAGACGGGUGCGCAGCCUGCCGGAGAUUGAUGGCCUGAGCAAGGAGACUGUGCUCAGCUCCUGGAUCACCAAGUUUGAUGCCAUUUACCGGGGCGAGGAGGACGUGCGCCGGCAUUCCCACCGGACGCACUUCAGUGCCGUAUCAGAGCUCAUCCUCAGCAAAGAACAGCUGUACGAGAUGUUCCAGCAGAUCCUUGGCAUCAAGAAGUUUGAGCAUCAGCUACUCUACAAUGCCUGUCAACUGGACAAUGUGGACGAACAGGCAGCACAGAUCCGCAGGGAGUUGGACGGGAGACUUCAAAUAGCUGAGAAAAUAGCCAGGGAGCGGCGGUAUCCCCAGUUUGUGUCCGCUGACAUGGAGGCCAUGUAUACUGAGGAGCUCAGGGCCUCAGUGAACCUCCUCAUGGCCAACCUGGAGAGCCAGCCUGUAGCCAAGGACUUCAAGCCCAAGAUCAAGCCCAAACUCACCCCCAUGAACAGCUUCCUGGACAUGGGGGAGGAAGGCGACCUGCCCCUGUCCAAAUCAGACGUGGUCCUCUCCUUCACACUGGAGAUAGUUAUAAUGGAGGUGCAGGGGCUGAAGUCUGUGGCUCCCAACAGGAUCGUGUACUGUACCAUGGAGGUGGAGGGGGGGGAGAAACUGCAAACAGACCAGGCUGAGGCGUCACGACCACAGUGGGGAACUCAAGGAGACUUCACCACUACACACCCCCUGCCCGUGGUCAAGGUGAAGCUCUUCACUGAGAGCACAGGGGUGCUGUCCCUCGAGGACAAGGAGCUGGGGAGGGUGGUCCUCAAACCCACCACAAACGGGCCCAAAACUGCUGAGCUGCAUAAGAUGUCCGUGCCAAAGAGCAGUCAGGACGGCGACCUGAAGAUUAAACUGGCUGUUAGGAUGGACAAGCCACCCAACCUGAAGCACAGUGGAUAUUUGUAUGCACUGGGCCAACGAGUGUGGAAGCGGUGGAAAAGGCGAUAUUUUGUCCUUGUACAGGUCAGUCAGUACACGUUCGCUAUGUGCAGUUACCGGGAGAAGAAGUCCGAGCCACAGGAACUCAUGCAGCUGGAGGGCUAUACGGUUGACUAUUCCGAUCCACAACCAGGUCUGCAGGGCGGGCGCAUGUUCUUCAGUGCAGUCAAAGAGGGCGACCAGGUGGUGUUCGCCAGUGACGAUGAACAAGAUCGGGUGCUGUGGGUACAGGCCAUGUACCGUGCCACGGGUCAAUCCUACAAGCCCAUGCCCCCCACUCAGAACCAGCGCCAGAACUGCCGUAGAGGAGGGCAGCAGAGGGACGCGCCCAUCUCCAUACUCAGCCUGGAGCGGACACAGAGGCAGGGGGUGGAGGAGCUGAUCUCGGCCGCUCCGUGCCUUUUGGACCACGCCAGCCUGUUCCGCCUGCUGCAGAAGCACACAUUAACCCACCGCAUGAAUGACUCCUUCUCCUGCCUGGGAUGGUUCAGCCCGGGCCAGGUGUUUGUGUUGGAUGAGUACUGUGCACGCUACGGAGUCCGGGGCUGCCAGCGCCACCUCUGCUACCUGAAAGACCUUCUGGAGUUCAUGGAGAACAACGCCAUGGUGGACCCCACCCUUCUCCACUACAGCUAUGCCUUCUGUGCCUCUCAUGUGCAUGGCAACAGGCCAGAUGGUAUGGCGACUGUGACUAUGGAGGAGAAGGAACAGUUUGAAGAGAUACGGGGCAGACUGAAGACUCUGCUGGAGAAGCAGAUUGUUCAUUUCAGAUAUUGCUUCCCCUUUGGACGACCUGAAGGAGCGCUGAAAGCCACUCUAUCCUUGCUUGAACGGGUCCUAAUGAAGGACAUCAACACUCCUGUUCCCCCAGACGAGAUGAGGAAGCUGGUGCAGAAGUGCCUGGAGAAGGCUGCUCUCGUCAACUACUCCCAGCUGACGGAGUAUGCCCAGAUCGAAGCAACCUCACAGGCCCCCCCUGAGAAGCGUCUGGAGGACAUGGUGCGUCUGGGGGAGCUGUGCAUGGACGUGCUGCAGCAGAACGAGGAACAUCACUCUGAGGGAAGAGAGGCCUUUGGCUGGUGGCCUGAUCUGAUGACGGAGCAUGCUGAGAUCUUCCUGUCUCUGUACACGGUGGACAUGGACGCAGCGCUGCUAGCACAGCCUCAGGACUCCUGGGAUAGCUUUCCUCUCUUCCAGCUGCUCAACAACUUCCUGCGCACAGACCAUCAGCUGUGCAACGGCACGUUCCACAAACACCUGCAGGAGCACUUCAUCCCCACGGUGGUGCGCUACAUCGACCUGAUGGAGUCCUCCCUCGCCCAGUCCAUUUACCGCAGCUUUGAACAAGAGACCUGGCAGUCUGUGAAGACCAUAACCAAUAACCUACCCAGCGUGCCCUUGCCCAAAGUGCCCAGCCUGCCCCUCAGCUUGCCUCAGAUGCCAAGCUUCUCCCCACCGUCCUGGAUGGGACCGCUGUGUGAAAGCACUAAAGGCUCCUCCACGUCUGAAGAUCUGUUCUGGAAGCUGGACGCACUGCAGAUAUUUGUGAUGGACCUGCACUGGCCCGAGCCGGAGUUUGCCAAACACCUGGAGCAGCGCCUGAAGCUCAUGGCCAGCGACAUGAUGGAGGCCUGUGUCAAAAGAACUAAGGCAGCCUUUCACUCGAAGAUGCAGAAAGUAAGCAAGUCAACAGAUUUCCGGGUGUCUCUCUCUCUCUGUACAAUGUUCAACGUUCUAAUGGACGCCAAGAGGCAGUGCUCCAAACUCUGUGUGCUCGACCAAGGCCAGGAGACUGACCAGCAGUGGCAACAGUACCACUCCAAGAUCGACGUGCUCAUCGAUGAAGCCAUCAACGAAAUGAUUUCUACACUGGUAUCAAAGUAUGUUGCCGUGCUGGAUGUGGUUCUCUCCAAGCUGUCCAGAUAUGACGAGGGAACGCUCUUCUCCUCUCUGCUGUCGUUCACUGUCAAAGCAGCGGCCAAAUAUGUGGAUGUGCCUAAGCCUGGUAUGGAUCUAGCAGACACAUACAUCACAUUUGUGCGGCAGAACCAGGAUAUUCUGAGGGACCAUGUGAAUGAUGAAGUGUACACAGAGAAAGUCUUUGAUCAAUGGUACAGCACCUCCAUGAAGGCCGUGUGCGUCUGGCUCACCGAUAGACUGGACCUGCAGCUGCAUGCGUACCAGCUGAAAACACUCAUCAAGAUGGUGAAGAAGUCAUACCGGGAUUUCAGGCUUCAAGGUGUCCUGGAGAGCACGCUGAACAAUAAGAGCUACGAGACUACCUACAACCGUCUGACUGUGGAGGAGGCCACGCUGUCUGUGUCUGCCAGUGAAGGAUUCCAGGGUAUCUCUAUGAGGGACAGUGAUGAAGAGGAGGGCUAGAGCCAGAGCCAGAGCCCACCAACCACUGUCCUGGGAAAGAAACAGGGUUGUACUGUACACCUCAGUGACCAAUGACAGACAGCCUACCUGUCUGUGUCUGUGUUGUACUGUACACCUCAGUGACCAACGACAGACAGCCUACCUGUCUGUGUCUGUGUUGUACUGUACACCUCAGUGACCAACGACAGACAGCCUACCUGUCUGUGUCUUUGUGUUGUACUGUACACCUCAGUGACCAACGACAGACAGCCUACCUGUCUGUGUCUUUGUGUUGUACUGUAUUAUGUCUUUGGUGAAAUGGGCUGUGUACAUCCAACAUGGUGGAUUUUCUUACACUGACAGUGAGAGACAAAACGCAGGACAAACGUAGCAGUGCAUUUGAUUGGGCGCAUGGUCAAAACUUCACCAUGUCUAUCAGAAAACAUCCGAUGUGUCUGUAAGCUACACUACAAACACUGGCCUGUGCACUUAUUGACUUAUUGAUUUUGUUCAUUGUAUGCUUGCAUAAGUGGUGAUGGCAUUUAGUAUAUCUGCUGUAAGGAUUUAAAGUAUAUGUCUGUACUGCCAUUCAAUUUUGUGUUCGUUUCAGCUGUUUUGAUGUCUGCACAAUGAAUCUGUGUGGGUGAAGUUAAUCGUAAAGUGCAUAGGAGGUUUUGUAAAGUAUAUUUCUAUUGUCCAUUGUCCACCUGUAUUAGUUCAGGUGAGUUUAAGUGUUAAUAUUAAAGUGCUUUUAAUCUAGA